AAGUCGCUGUGUCUUUAAAAAAAAAACUCCAAAGUCCAACUAAAGUGUGCAGAGUUCCAAAAUGGAGCCGAGGGAGGCUGUGAAAGCUUUGGCUCGCAACAAAGUGGUCCUGCUGGUCGGCGGAGCUGCCGUCGUCGUGGCGGCUUUGGGGCUCGGAUAUAAAUACUAUAAAUACUCACGGAAGCCGGAGAAUCGAACGCGCGUGGGCGUCGUGUCGCAGCUCUUCGUUCAUCCGCUCAAGUCCGGCAAGGGGGUGUCGGUGCCGCUCGCCGAGUGCCUCAAAUUGGGCCUCAAGUGCGGGCAGAUGCGGGACCGACACUGGCUGGUGGUGACGGAGGACGGUCACAUGGUGACGGCCCGCCAGCAACCCCGUCUGGUUCUGGUGUCCCUGACCUGCGAGGGAGACCAGGUCUGCCUGAACGGCCCCAACAUGGCGGAGCUGCGUUUCCCCGUCAAGCAGCCCGACAAGCCCAUUGUGGACUGCAGAGUGUUCAUGGGUUCCAUUCAGGGGCGGGACUGCGGUGACGAAGCGUCUGGUUGGUUGGUUGGUUAUCUGGCGGCAGGGAAGACCUUCCGCUUGGUGCACUUUGAAGCCGAUAUGAGGGCCAGGAGGGCGGCGGAGAUAGAACCUCUCUUCCCUCAACAUGAGGAGGUGGCGUACUCAGAUAGCGGGCCGGUGAUGCUGCUGUCCGAGUCCUCCAUCAAGGACCUGAGCCAAAAGUUGGACAAGGACGUGACCGUGGAGCGUUUCCGUCCAAACAUCGUCAUCGGCGACUGUGAGGCGUUCGCUGAAGAUUCAUGGGAAGAGAUCCAGAUUGGCAGCGUCCGACUGCGCCGUGCCAUGUCAUGCGGGAGGUGUGUUUUGACUACAGUCGAUCCAGAAACCGGAAUCAUCACCAGGAAAGAACCGUUGGAAACGCUGAAAAGCUACCGGCUGUGCAAACCCGACGAGAAGCACAUCUACAAGUCGGCACCGCUGUUUGGACAGCUGCUCUGCGUGGAGAAGACGGGCGUCAUGCAGGUCGGCGACGAGGUGUACAAGAUCAGCCACUGAAGGGGGGAGGAAGCAAGGAGGCACUGAAAUAGGAGAGGAGGAUGGAAUUGAGGUGGUGUUGGUUGCAUCUUUAAGCAAUAUCAAUGUCAGCAUUCUUCUCAAAUGUCAUUAUUUCAUUACUGAACAGAGGAACAUAAACUUGGAAAAUCUAGCAUAUCUGCUCAAUCAUUUGUUGUAUUUCUAGGUUGUAAACCAGGGGUGCUCAUUAAGUCGAUCGCGAUCUACCGGUCGAUCGCGGAGGUGGUACUGGUCGAUCGCUGGUCGAUCGCGGCGUGACAUUAAAAAAAUAUCAUCCCAGCAUCAAUGCCGUCACUUGAUUGAUAUACAGGGCAGCCAUUCAGAUGACAACUGAAUGUUGCCCUUCGGGCGACCAAUCAAAUCAAACAACGUCUCUAAGUGCAGCAGAACUUACGAUGUCAGCCUAUCAUCCAUUCCCGUUACUUGAUUGACAUACAGGACAACCAGUCAGAUGACAACUGAAUUUUGACCUUUAGGUCACCGCUCAUGCGUAAACAACGAUGCAAAGUGCUAAGCUAGUCGGCGAAUUGCGAGAUUUUAAGCCCUCGCUAAAGUUUAUGGUCACUAAAAUGAGUGAAGGAGCUGGACCAAGUAAAAAGGCAAAAACUGGACCAAGUAAAAAGGCAAAAAACAUAUCACUUCCAUACGGAUAUGGAAUAUUGUACGGAUAUUAUGAUACGGAUAUUAUCCAUGACUGAUAAACAUUUGGAAGUGUGCUUGAGGCUGGCUAUCAGCAGCUACUGUCCGGACUAUGCAUCCCUGGCUGGUUCAAUUCAGUGCAAGUCAUCAAAGUAAACUCAGGUAAUUACAAAAAAUGUUAAUUGUUAAUUAUGUGUGUUUUGCAAUAUUGGCUCAUUUGGUUAUGUAAGGUACAUCAACAUACAUUGUACGUACAAAUAAUCCUCAAUACAUUUGAAAAUAAAUAGAUGUUUUGCAUUUUUGUAGUGGGUAGAUCAUUUUGACUCGGUCAUUUUAAAAGUAGCUCGCAUGCUGAAAAAGUGUGAGCACCCCUGAUCUAGCAUAUCUGCUCAAUCAUUUGUUGUAUUUCCAGGUUGUAAACCAUCCAUGGACAAAUAAGUCACUAUUGACCUGUAGAGGACAGUGUGUUCAUAGAAGAUCGGUGGGUGUUUCUUGUUUCUCACACUUCUUAAGUAAUUAGUUAUAUUUACUAGUUACUUCUGAGUUACUCCACUACAAAAGCAACUAAUUAACAGAACAAUUAAAACAACUAAUUAAUUAAAUCAACGAGGUUAAAGUUGUGUCUGUACUGACAUUUGGCAAACCCGCCCACCCAAGUUCUCUGAUUGGCUGAAGACGCAAUUUUACUAAAACCCGAGCCAAUCCUCAUCAUUGCUUAUGUGCUUUUUAAACACCCGCCCACUCAAGUUCUCUGAUUGGCUGAAGACGCAAUUUUACUAAAACCCGAGGACAAUCCUCAUCAUUACUUAUGUGCUCUAAACACCCGCCCACUCAAGUUCUCUGAUUGGCUGAAGACGCAAUUUUACUAAAACCAGAGCCAAUCCUCAUCAUUACUUAUGUGCUCUAAACACCCGCCCACUCAAGUUCUCUGAUUGGCUGAAGACGCAAUUUUACUAAAACCCCAGCCAAUCCUCAUCAUUGCUUUAUGUGCUCCAAACACCCGCCCACUCAAGUUCUCUGAUUGGCUGAAGACGCAAUUUUACUAAACUUUAGCCAAUCCUCAUUGCAUAUGUGCUCUAAACACCCGCCCACUCAAGUUCUCUGAUUGGCUGAAGAUGCAAUCUUACUAAAACCUGAGCCAAUCAUCAUUGCUUAUGUAGUUAUCUCAACUCCUCCCUUGUUACUCCGGCAACACUCUCACUGGUGCUGGUGUUAAUAAGUCGGUGAUAUUUUUUUUAGGCGGCUUCAGUAACGUGCAGUAAAGGUGUGUCGAAAAUGGUAACGGCGUUAUGCUGACAGUAAAAGUAAUUAGUUUGAUUACCCGUUACUGAAAAAAGUACCCGGAGGGGUGGGCGUGAGGAAAAAUGCGUUUUGUUGUUGUUGUUGCUGAGAGUUGGCUGUUUUGGCUCACGGAGCGAGGAGUGUGAGUUAAUGUUCUGUAAAAUAAUAAAGUUCGCCCCCGAGUUCGACACCCCGCCUCAGGC